AAAUAAUUAAUUCAUCCCAUAAAUAUAAUCACAAAAUACUGCCCUCUCCUAUUGUGACAUAAUUAAAAAAAUUAAAAGAAAUGAGCAGCUCAGGAGCUAUAGAAAGCUCCGCGCCAAUCUCCGGCGGCUGCGACGACGGCGGUGGCACCACCAGCAGCGUCACCGAUAGCCCGAUGAGAGACGAAGCCGUUGAUUCAAGCCCUUUCCAAGAAGGUGAACGCGUCCUCGCUUUUCACGGCCCCUGCCUCUACGACGCCAAGGUGCAAAGAGUUGAAUCGUGCUCUGGGGGAUGGAGGUAUUAUGUUCAUUAUCCAGGAUGGAAAAAAACUUGGGAUGAAUGGAAGGGUGUCGAAGACAUGCUAAAACAUACUGAGGCGAAUAUUCAAAAGAAAGAGGAACUAAAGGCAAAGCAUUCUCUGGAGAAGAAUACGAGGCUUGGACGUCCAUCACUUGAUAAAAUUAAAAGUUCUACUGGGGUCAGAGGCAGGAAGCGGAAACAUGAAAUCGUCAAAAAGGAAGAGAGUUUUGUUCCAUCAGAAAAACAUGUAAAUCUCCAAAUUCCAUCUAUUUUGAAGAAACAACUGGUUGACGACCAUGAGUCUAUAACUCAUCUUGGCCAGCUAGUCAAACUUCCGCGCAAUCCUAGUGCAUGUGAGAUACUGAACAAGUAUUUCGAUUACCAGGUGAAGAAAGAUGGCAUGAUAGUGGAGACUGUUAAAGAGAUUGUAGAUGGACUGCGCUGUUACUUCGACAAAGCAUUACCUGCAAUGCUCCUCUACAAAGAGGAACGACAGCAGUACAAAGAAAUUAUUGCUGAUAAUGUCUCUCCUUCGGGUGUAUAUGGAGCUGAGCAUUUGUUAAGACUUUUUGUUAAACUACCCGAGAUGCUCUCGUGUGUGCAUAUUGAAAUGGAGACACUGUCAGAGCUGCAGCAAAGAUUGCUGGAAUUCCUCAGGUUCCUCCAGAGCAAUCAACGUGAGUUCUUCGACUCGAAUUAUGAGAAGGUGAAUGGCAUUGAUAAUGCAGUGAAGGACAAAGAAAAUUGAAGAAUGUGGUCAGAGGUAAUAGCUGUUGUAAGGAAAGCAUGUGAGAUCUAAAGAUGCACACCUUGCUAUUUAUGUACCACCUUGUUGUAUAGCUCUCUAAUUGUGGCCUUCUAUUCUAAAUGAUUAUGUCUCGUCUAUCA